CCGGAGCAGCGCCCAGGCCGGCCCGCGGCCAGCGCGCAGGGCGCCGGCAGCACCCGGCCCGCCGCGCCGCGCCCUCCCCGCCCCCAACUCGCUCCCCAACGGAAAGUUCGGCUCCGGCUGCGCGAGGCACAGAGCCCGGGAAUGAGAAGGGGUCGGGGGGCGUGCUGAGGGGACCGGGCGGCGGCGGCGGCCAGGCGGGGGCAACUUCUCCCGGGAAAGCGCCUCCUGCCGACCCCGCGAGCCGCAGCCCCCGAGUGGGCUCGAGGUGGUUUUUCCCUUGCCUCUGCCUCCCCCUGCGGAUUCAAGACGCGGACCUUGGUCCUGGCGCUCCCGCUGCCGGGUGACAAGAGCCAGCGCCGCCGCCGCCGCCGCCGCCGCCUCGGCCGCCGCUCCCUCCGCCCGCCGGCCGCCCCCCGGCCGCAGCCCCUGCCUCCUGCCUCCUGCCAGCACCAUGGAGUUCUCCGAGAGGAAGAGGAGCAGGAAAUCCCAGAGCUUCAAACUGGUGAGCCGAGGUGACCGGCCUGUUGGUCUAUUGAUUCAUUCGGGAAGAUUAUCACCAUGAGGUAUAUAAGAUCUCAGAAUUCAGCAACGAUGUUAAUGGGGAGGCCAAAGAGACACAACCCAUUUAUUUAGGAAACGAAAGCAUGGAAAUUAAAAAACAAAUUACAGGAAUGAGAAGAUUACUGAAUGACAGCACUGGGAGGAUCUAUCAGCGUGUCGGCAAGGAAGGAGAAAAAUUAAAAGAAGAACCCCAGGAUUUGGAUUCAGUCUGGCCUCCGCGCUUGAACUCCACUGCUGAGGCCCCCCAGAGCCUCCACCCUUCUUCACGUGGUGCGUGGAAUGAGUUACCACCCUCCAGCGGGCAGUUCUCAGGGCAGUAUGGCACCCGCUCUAGAACCUUCCAGAGUCAGCCCCACACCACUGGGAGCUCCAACGGAGAACUUCCAGCAGUGAAUUCGUCAGGUGGAUCAAACUGCUGCACUUGUAACUGCCAGUCAACGUUGCAGGCCAUCCUCCAAGAACUCAGGACCAUGCGGAAAUUAAUGCAAAUUCAAGCAGCUGGAGCCCAAAACAGACAACAACCCCCCAUUUCCCUCAUGUGCUCCCAGCGAACCGCUGCCUCGCGCAAGAGAAAUAAAAAGAAAAAAGUGCCCCCGAAGACUGUCGAGCCUCUGCCCGUGAAACAGAAGGCCGGCGUGUUGGGAACCGAGAAGCCAGCCGUGGCCUCUGAGCAGUCUGGUCCCCCGGCGGCCGAGCACCCGUCCCCCGGGGACAGCCGCGUCCUCGGAUUCGGCAUUGUCCUGGAAUCGCCGGCCUCAGAUCCAGAAAGUUGUUGCGGUCCCAGAUGUUGGAUGACAUCUAAGAUACCCAUCUUGCUGUGGCUUGCCAUUUCGUAUCCACGUGACCAUAAACGAAUUUCUUUAAGAACGUGCCGUCUUUGCAACCGCAAACUCUCCUCACGGUAUCUUUAUCUACAAGUGCAACUUGCUGAAGGCUUUGAUGUGUUCAUGCCUAAAUCACAGCUGGACUCUAUAUUGUCAAACUACACUCGCUCAGGAAGCCUUCUGUUUAGAAAGCUGGUGUGUGCGUUUUUCGACGACAAGACUUUGGCCAACUCCUUACCCAACGGGAAGAGGAAAAGAGGACUCAACGACAACCGGAAAGGACUAGACCAAAAUAUUGUGGGUGCAAUAAAAGUCUUCACAGAAAAAUACUGUACCGCUAAUCAUGUGGAUAAACUUCCUGGCCCGAGAGACUGGGUACAGAUUCUACAGGAUCAAAUUAAACUGGCCAGAAGAAGGUUAAAAAGAGGCUCAGCAGAGGCAGCGGACGGUGAUGAGAGACUGGACGGCAUCUCUCUACCGCCAACAGCACCGGAACCAAGUCAGAGGGGGAGAGCUCAGAGUUACUGUAGAGGCGCCCCGUCCGAGGCACUUGCGCCCCAUCGCACUGAACGUGAGCCAGGAGGGGGCCCCGGGCCGAGUCGGUGGUCCACUGACGACCAGCUCAUCAACCGGAGGGAGACGGUUGGAGGUGUCCCUGAAAUGUGACGACACUGCUUCUCGGUGCGGCUUGUGGACUCAGCCCAACCGCCAGACAGCUCCCUCUCCCGUCUGUGCGUCUCCUGUCUUAUUCCUGAGGCGGGGAGGAAGGUCCCGAGAAACCGUUGCCACCACAUCCCAGGGUUAUUAGCCCUCUACGUUUGAGGCCGGGGAGCAGCCCCUUCCCUGAGACGGUCCUAACGGAACACUGCACACCAGGGGUCUUGUUUUCCUGCAGCUUAGGUUUGGGAAUUUGUCCUCCGCCCCUCGGAAGGAGAUACUGCCCAAGGGAACUGGAAAGAUUAAUUAGUGACCUUUCCACUCUAUUACAGUUAGAUGAGUGCGUUGCUAAUGCAGGUAGAAACAUUUACCUUACAACUGUGGGAUCGGUUAAUUAUACAUCGUGAACCUUCCAAAGCCCUCCCUUCCAAGACGGGGCGACAGCUUGGAGGUUUCGAUACUUGAGGAGGAGUAGGGAUUGUUCAGCUCACAAAUACGCGCGGUGCGUCCACAGAUGGGAGCCACGUACUCACAAAACCGCACCAGUGAAAUCCCAUUUUGUGCACUCGAAUUGUGUUUGUGUUUACUUACUGUGACUACUGUUCAGACUUUAUUCAGAAAUCCUUUUUAUAGGCUUUCUUAGUAAAAAGAAAAAUUCCAUAUCUACGGAUAAUGUCUCAAUCUUCUGUAUAUAUGUUUUAUUAAUAUGUAAAUAUUUAGAUUUUUUAAAAUUACUAUGUUCUUUAAAAAAAAAAUUCAACACAAGGCUAGUUGUGAAAAUGGUGUACAAUGUUGUGUUGUGAUAUCAAUUCCCAAGAUGCUCUUUAUGUCCGUUCCAGAAGAAUACAAUAAAUUACUUUAAUCGAA